AUGAUUUUACCAACUUAUACAUUACCCGGACGUAAAACAGUAUCGAAUAGUUUAAUUCCAAAACUUUUCCAAACGACCAAAGAAAGAGUGCAACAAUUGAUAGCCGAGGCCGAUGCGAUAUGUCUAACCACAGAUGACUGGACAUCAUUAAAUGAUGUAAGUUACAUAGCUCUUAAUGCGCAUUUCAUAGAUAAGGACACGGCUUUGAAAUACUUCCUUUUGGGCUGCACUGAGUUUCAUGAGCGGCACACUGCCGAAAAUGUAUCUAAUUUAUUUAAUGAAACCAUACAUUGGGGUAUUGCGAACAAGAUUACAGAAAUAAUAACGGAUAAUGCUGCUAAUAUAGUGGCAGCCGUUCACUCGACAACCUGGAGACAUUUUCCAUGUUUUGCCCAUACCUUGAAUCUAACAGUUCAACAUAGCUUGGAUGCUAUAAAUGAACAGUUGGAUAAAGUAAAGGCAAUAGUUCAAUACUUCAAACAUAGUUCCUCAUCUUGUAUCAGACUUACUGCAAUACAAAAACAGAUGAAUUUACCCAUUCUUGAACUAAAUCAGAGCGUAGUCACGAGGUGGAAUUCAACAUAUGGUAUGCCGGACAGACUCCUCAAAAUAAAAGAUGCUGUUGUUAGUGCACUGGCCAUUGAAAAACCUCGGCUCAACAAUUUAACCCUUUAUGAGUGGACUCUGUUAGAAAAGUGCGUGGAAAUUUUAAAGAUAUUUUAUGAGGUGACUGUUGAUAUGAGCACUGAAAAAUCCGUGUCAAUUUCCAAAGUGAUGGUUCUGGUCAAAAUUAUGAAAACUCAAGUGGAAAGAGCUAUCAGUCAAAGUAUUGAGAACAACACGUUGGCCACUGAAGCAGCUCUACUAGAUCCCACGCAUUUUUACAUAAGGAGAAAUAUCAUCAGUGGCCUCAACUCCAUUAAGAAAAAACUCCGUUCAUUAUUUGUGGAUGAAGAACCACCACCAAUACCACAAACAUCGAGUCAAUUGACUAAUGUUAACGUGUGGGCCGAGUUCGAAAAGGAAAUUGAAAAAGAGAUGGUCCGAAAUCCCACAGCAGCUAGUAUUAUUGAAAUCGAUAAAUAUUUAAAUGAGCCACUUAUAAAAAGAACAGAUGAUCCUCUCCAGUGGUGGAACGAAAGUCGACUGUUAUAUCCAAAUUUAUACAUAUUAAUGAAACGACGAUUGUGUGUUCCUGCCACAUCUGUACCAUGCGAGAGGGUGUUUUCCAAAGCUGGCCAGGUCAUCAAUACAAAAAGAAGCAGCCUCAAGCCUGAAAAGGCCUCGCAAGUACUCUUCUUACAACAAAAUUGGACAUGA